UAUAGCAUCUCUUCCUCACACCCUUUCUAUCUUUAUCUCUCACCUAACUACAUACAUAUUCACACACACACACGUUUAUUUCUCUUCUACUUAUAAUUUAUACAUGAUGUAUUAAUGGUGGUGACUUUGAUCAGUAACUGCAAUGAAGGAGUCAGUUGUCCCACCUGAAUUUCGGUUUCAUCCAACAGAUGGGGAGCUUGUUGAUUAUUAUUUGAGAAAGAAAGUAGCUUCUCAGAAUAUUGAUCUUGAUGUUAUCAAAGACAUUGAUCUAUAUCGUAUUGAACCAUGGGAUCUCCAAGAGAGAUGCAAAAUUGGGAAUGAGGAGCAACAUGAGUGGUAUUUUUUUAGUCACAAAGAUAAGAAAUAUCCAACGGGGACGAGAACCAAUAGAGCUACAAUGGCAGGGUUUUGGAAAGCAACAGGAAGAGAUAAGUCAGUGUAUGAAAGAACAAAAUUAAUUGGCAUGAGGAAGACCUUAGUUUUCUAUAAAGGUAGAGCUCCUAAUGGACACAAAACUGAUUGGAUCAUGCAUGAGUAUAGGCUUCAAACACUUCAAAAUGCACCUCCACAGGAGGAAGGGUGGGUUGUGUGUAAAGCAUUCAAGAAAAAAACCAAUGUCCAAACAAAGACUAAUGAAAGAUGGGAUCCAAGCAACUUAUAUGAUGAUGAAGAAGUAAGUGGCAUCAUCUCAAGGGUGGACCCCAUUGACCUUAUCAUAAGGCAGCCUCAGAGGAUUUCAGCUCAAAAUUUCUUGUACAAGCAAGAAAUAGAACCAGAAGCAAAUAACUUAGCCUUCAUGAUGCAUUCAGACCAAUUAUUAGUACCUCUUCCUCAGCUAGAAAGUCCCUCUUUGCAAUCAAAAAGACAAAAUUCGAUGUCAAUAAUAUCAGAAAAUAAUAACAAUGAUGAUAGUUUAUAUUCCAAAAUCAAGAGCAAAGAGAAAGUGACUGAUUGGAGGGAUCUUGACAAGUUUGUGGCUUCUCAGCUGAGUCAAGAAGAUAGGUGCCAUGAUCAUACAAGCUCAGACAUGGCAUUGUUGCUAUUGCAAAGUAGUAGGAAUGAAGAAGAGAACAAGUUUAGUUCAUUUUUUACUACAAGCCCUGACUGUGACUUUGGGAUAUGUGUAUUUGAAAAAUACAUUAAUGAAUAAAGAAGAGAUGCAUGAUGGAAGGGAGAAUAUUGGUUUUCCUAUAUUUGUAGUACUAAAUAUGAUGUUUGGUGAAUGUUGAGAUAUGCGAACAUCCAACGCUUUGAAGUCACUCAAAAUUCUAAUGAAGAUUGAUGAUAGUUUUUGAAA